CCUCAGCAAAGAAGGGUUCAACAACUUCCUUUUAAACUUCGCAUUUUCCAUAACAAAGAUGGAGCCGACGCUUCCGGUUCCGGGCUCUUGCGGUCAGCCGGCCUAUGGAAUCCCAGGCAGCCACACCCAGCAGCCUGUCAGGAGAGAGCUGUACCUUGGAUCUACCGACGGUGUGUGACACCAGCAGUUACGAAGCAUCCCAGAGAGCCAGCCAGGGAAGCAGCAACCCUCUGAGUUCUCUGGAACCCCAUCCUUUUCUUUCUUCUUCGAGUACUGAUCCAGAUAGCAAUUCUCUAAAUACUGAGCAAAAAGGCUCCUGGGACUCUGAGAACUUCUGGCUUGAUCCUUCUUCGAAAGGCCAGUUGGAGACCAACGAAAAAGAGGAUGGACUUCGGAAAUCCCUGGAUAGAUUCUACAAAGCAUUUGCCCAUCCACUGCCAGGCUGUGGGGAUCCGCUCUCUGCAUCUGUGUGUCAGUGUCUGUCUCAGACAGUCUCUGAGCUCGAGGGCCAGGAGAGCCAAAGGUACGCUCUCCGCAGUUUCCAGAUGGCCCAGGUCAUCUUCAACCGGGAUGGCUGCUCUGUCUUACAGCGACAUUCCAGGGACACACGCUUUUACCCACUAGAGCAAGAAGGCAGCUCUUUAGAUGAUGAAAAGCCCAUCCCAGGACUGUCAAGAGAGGUCACUCGUUUCCUCUUGGAGCAGACUGUAAUGAAAGACUUGUAGCUGCUGCUGCUGUGAAAGCGGGCAGUGCUGGAGAGGAAGUGCUGUCGCCUGGUCCCCAGAGUCCAUGGGUGUAUGUGUGCUUCUCUGGCAUCUUUCUGUUUCCAGCUGUUAGCCAUAAGCUUUGCAGGUAGAGGCUAGCUUCAGCAACCUGAUGAUGGAGCCAGUCAGCAUCUUAGUGGGCUACCUCUUACUCACCUUGGCCAAGGCUGCUACUGACUCAGUUAGCGUUGAGUCCUAGCCCAGCUUCUUGCCUUAGUCUGUGAUCUUGAGUGCUAUCCUGGGGACCUGGCCAGAGCUGGGACUUGGGCAGGAAAUCACUUCCCUGCUUGGCUUCAUCCCUAACCCCCCCCCCCUCACCUACUGGUGUCUCUAGGGCCUUUUCUUAAUAAACUUCUUAUAUCUGCA